GGGUGGUGUGAAAGGACACAGUCACAGCCGCCAGUUUGUGAUCCUGCCUGACUUACACGCGUAGCCUGAGCGCUCCAUAUUGGGUAACUGUCCCAGUGAGGGUAAACAAACGCCAGCUCACACCUAUCAGCUGAAGUGGGAGUAUAGAGUGUACUGCUGCUUUAACACACUGAAAACAUUGAGUAGUAGCCUAGUCAUUCAUUUGUAAUUUGAGGGGAAUUUGGAAUUGGAAUAAUGGCAUUCCGGAAGACCAAAAAAGAACCCAGGAAAGAGUACCUGUCUGUGAAGGACUUGGAAAAGAUUUUGGAUUCUUGCACGUUGCGGUUGACCCAGAUAAAUGAGGUUUGGCCGAACAUAUUCAUAGGAAAUGUGGCAAUUGCCCAAAACAGGAGUACCUUACAGAAGUUAGGCGUCACUCAUGUUUUAAACGCUGCUCAUGCCAAGCGAGGCAGCAUAGGGGACCACAGAUUUUAUGGCAACAGCUUUGUUUAUUAUGGUAUUCCAGCAGAGGACUCGACUCACUUUGAUCUGGAUGUUUACUUCAAGCCCGCAGCGGAUUUCAUUCACAAAGCAUUGAAACAACCAGAUGGGAAGAUUCUCGUCCAUUGCAUUAUGGGUAUGAGCAGAUCGUCUACCUUGGUGUUGGCGUACCUCAUGUUGUAUUGUCACAUCCCCCUCCAUUGUGCUCUUCAGAAAGUAAUCCAGAAAAGAGCCAUUUACCCUAACAGGAACUUCCUGGCUCUGCUGCUGGACCUAGACCUCCAGCUGAAGAGAAAACAGAAAACCUGUCUGAUUCUGUAGAGAUCAGAACACAGCAAAACAGACCAAACCUCACAAGUUAAUAUUUGUAUCAGUGCACAACGAAGAAGCAUGAAAAGAGGAAGUUGAUUUUCAAAUCAAGUGGGAAUGAAUCUGUCAAAUCCCUUUCUAGUGCACAAACUACCUUAAACAAACAAGUAUACCUCACCUACAUACAGUAUGUUGAAUAAAAUAUGUUGCAAAAUUUUGGGGGAUUUAUAAUUCAUUUGAAAGAGCAGACUGUUAUUGGCAUUAUGAACAUAUGUAUGGAUGUGGUAUAUUUUCAGCAGUGCCAUCAAACGAGGUCAUUGGUAAACAGAGCUCAGACAAUGGCUGUGUCCACACAGUGAAGGAACAUUCUGUUAAAGAAAUAUCAACACAGAAGACACGAGCAGUAUCUCUAAAGCUAUUUUGUCGCUGCCGGCAAAAACCAAACCGUGUGUCCACUCCCACUCUCCAUACCUACUGGUAGCUCACGUAACCUUGGGGGUAUGCAGAAGAGAUGCCAGAAUUAUUUUGAGCCGAGGUCAUUCAGGUGUAAAAAUAGAAAGAAAGAGUUAAGGCAGAUGUCUACUACCUACAGCCAGUUGUGCUGUUAAAAUACAUGUACAAGAGCUCCGGUUUAAUGAGAUUCUAAUAUGUUUCAUGUGUAAGUAGUCUGUUAGAAGAAUAACUCAUCUCUGUACAAUAUCAAUUUGGAUAUACACUAGAGUGUACAAAGCAUUCGGAACACCAUCCUAAUAUUGAGUUGCACUCCAUUUUGCCCUCAGAACAGCCUCAGUUCGUCGGGGCAUGGACUCUACAAGGUGUCUAAAGCGUUCCACAGGGAUGCUGGCCCAUGUGGACUCUACAAGGUGUCUAAAGCGUUCCACAGGGACGCUGGCCCAUGUUGACUCUACAAGGUGUCUAAAGCGUUCCACAGGGAUGCUGGCCCAUGUGGACUCUACAAGGUGUCUAAAGCGUUCCACAGGGAUGCUGGCCCAUGUGGACUCUACAAGGUGUCUAAAGCGUUCCACAGGGAUGCUGGCCCAUGUGGACUCUACAAGGUGUCUAAAGCGUUCCACAGGGAUGCUGGCCCAUGUGGACUCUACAAGGUGUCUAAAGCGUUCCACAGGGAUGCUGGCCCAUGUGGACUCUACAAGGUGUCUAAAGCGUUCCACAGGGAUGCUGGCCCAUGUGGACUCUACAAGGUGUCUAAAGCGUUCCACAGGGAUGCUGGCCCAUGUGGACUCUACAAGGUGUCUAAAGCGUUCCACAGGGAUGCUGGCCCAUGUGGACUCUACAAGGUGUCUAUAGCGUUCCACAGGGACGCUGGCCCAUGUGGACUCUACAAGGUGUCUAAAGCAUUCCACAGGGACGCUGGCCCAUGUGGACUCUACAAGGUGUCUAAAGCGUUCCACAGGGAUGCUGGCCCAUGUGGACUCCAAUGCUUCCCACAGUUGUGUCAUGUUGGCUGGAUGUCCUUUGGGUGUUGGACCAUUUUUGAUACACACGGGAAACUGUUGAGCGUAAAAAACCCAGCAGUAUUGCAGUUCUUGACACAUUCACACCGGUGCACCUGGCACUUACUAACAAAUAAAAUAAAAUCACAUUUUAUUGGUCACAUAUGCAUAUUUAGCAGAUUUUAUUUUGGGUGUAGUGAAAUGCUUGUGUUCCUAGCUCAAACAGUGCAUUAGUAUCUAACAAUUCACACACAUCUAAAAGUAAAAUAAUGGAAUUAAUAAAUAUACAAAUAUUAGAUUGAGCAAUGUCGGAGUGGCAUUGACUAAAAUACAGUAGAAUCGAAUACAGUAUUUACACUACCAGUCAAAGGUUUUAGAACUACCCAUUCAAGGGUUUUUCUUUAGUUUUACUAUUUUCUACAUUGUAGGAUAAUAGUGAAGACAUCAAAACUACGAAAUAACACAUAUGGAAUUAUGUCCUAAACAAAUAAGUGUUAAAUCAAAAUAUAUUUUAUAUUUGAGAUUCUUCAAAUAGCCACCCAUUCCCUUGAUGACAGCUUUGCAAACUCUUGGCAUUCUCUCAACCAGCUUAACCUGGAAUGCUUUUCCAACAGUCUUCAAGGAGUUCACAUAUCCUUCACUCUGCGGUCCGACUCAUCCCAAACCAUCUCAAUUUGGUUGAGGUCAAGUGAUCAGGUCGUCUGAGGCAGCACCAUCACAGACAGUGUCACCAGCAAAGCACCCCCACACCAUCACACCUCCUCCUCCAUGCUUGACGGUGGGAAAUAGACAUGUGGAGAUUAUACGUUCACCCACAUCGUGUCUCACAAAGAGAUUGUCCUCAGCACAAGGUACACCUGUGUAAUGAUCAUGCUAUUUAAACAGCUUCUUAAUAUUCCACACCUGUCAGGUAGACGGAUUAUCUUGCCAAAGGAAAUUGCUCACUAACAGGGAUGUAAACAUAUGUGUUCAUUCAUAUGUGUUAUUUUCAGCUCAUUUUCUUUUCAGCUCAUGAAACAUGGAACCAACACUUUACAUGUUGCGUUUAUAUUUUUGUUCAGUAUAAGAGCAGAGCUGCAGCUCAACAUGAACACCAUGGAAAUCAGCUUUUUGCCCCUGACUUGAGAAGAGGCUAUGUACUUAUAGAUAAAUGAAGAAGAAGAAGAUCGUAUGAAGCACAUUGUUUUGUACUUGUGCAGAGACUUUAGCUACACUUUAGCUACCCCAUUAAACCUUUCCAGUUGUUUUUACUGUAACUUACAAAGUGGGAGAAGAGAUUUUUUUUUUUUUUACAGUAUUUUACCGUAUAAAAGGUAAAAGGUAUAAUACCACUUUCACUUCAAGAGGCCUUAACAAAGGCUCCCUCGCUGGCAGUGAAUACAGGAUAAAACAGGCCAAAGGACGUGGCAAAUAGUGACACUUGCCACCACUCCAAUCUGUCCCCUAUACACAUUUAAGUGUAGAAACACUGCUACGACCAAUCAGUUUAAUUGGCACAGGACUCUCGCUCACGGGCGGCACAAAUUUAGCCUCUUUAACAGCCUCAAAAUAUGUUAAGGAGCCAGGAACACACCUCUUGCACUAAGUGCCAGUAGGGAGGCCCAAAUGCUGUGGGGUUACAGUAAAGUACUGUUAAACCAAAGUUUUGGAAUUUACAGUAUAACUUACUGUUUAUGCCUAAAAAAAAAAUCACCAAGAGUGCAUUGCCAUAUACUGCAAAUAAUGAAUACAUGUUUUAUUGUAUAAUACUGUCAAAACAACAUUCUACAGUCUCUCUCAUGGAUAAAGCUAUCAAAAUGUUGCAGUGCACUUCCAUAUGCUACUCCAGGCCUCUUUUACGAAAGGUCACAGAAACAGAUUCGGUCUCAAUGACUCGUCCCCACGGGGACAUGACAAUAAUUCUCCACCACUGAGCAUCACAUUAAAUCUCUACACCCCACAACUGUAAUUAAAAUAAUCAGCUGCAGCUGCAUUGCUAAUGGUUUAUUUACAAUGACAAUGACUAGGAUAAAUAAGUCUGAUCUCUAGCCAAUGCCGAGAGCAGAAUCAGUCCAAGCUAAACAAACGCAAAUAUAUACAGUAUGAAUAAUAAAUGAGGCUUUUCGCAUUCCCAGUGUGUAAAUGUUGCUCUCGUUUGAAGGGGGAAAAAAAGGGAUAUAUUUUAUAUAUUAUACAGUAUUAGUUAUACUGUAUAAUACUGUAUACAUAGAAUACUGAUUCUGAGGAAAGAAAUGUGUUUUAUUUGAGAGUUACUGUAU